ACGCGCGCCGCCUCAUUUCCGGUGCUCUCUCGCUGGGUCGCUCGGGUCGGCUUCGGUCGCCGUCGCUCCCGCUCUUCCACCCCCGCCAACCGCCGCUCGGGCCUCGGCUGCCGUCGCGUCGCUUCCUCGCUCGCUCGCUACACAUCCUCCCCGAUGCAGCGCCGGGACGACCCUGCCGCGCGCCUGACUCGGUCCUCGGGCCGCAGCGGCUCCAUGGACCCUUCAGGUGUCCACCCCUCGGUGCGUCAGACCCCGACUCGGCCGUCACCGCUGCCACACCGGUCCCGGGGAGGCGGAGGUGGUCCUAGAGGGGGCGUACGGGCCUCGCCCGCCACGCAGCCGCCACCGCUGCUGCCUCCCUCGGCCACGGGUCCCGACGCGACUGUCGUGGGUUCCGCGCCGACCCCGCUGCUGCCCCCGUCAGCCACAGCCGCGGCCAAGAUGGAGCCGGAGAAUAAGUACCUGCCCGAACUCAUGGCAGAGAAGGACUCCCUCGACCCGUCUUUCACUCACGCCAUGCAGCUCUUGUCCGUAGGUAAGCGGGUCUUGGCGGUGGGUGGCCGCCGCUUUGUUCCUCUUGCUCCCGCCCCCUCGGACUGCCCGGGCAUCGAGAGUUCCCUUCUCGACCUGGCCUUCGAGAUCCUGCACCCACGAGUCCCACCCCGGCUCAGGAAGUUUUUUUUUCCCUGUCAGUUCAAUUUUGUGGGGAAGAUUCUUGGACCACAAGGAAAUACAAUCAAAAGACUUCAAGAAGAGACUGGCGCAAAGAUCUCUGUCUUGGGAAAGGGUUCAAUGAGAGACAAAGCUAAGGAGGAAGAGCUUCGCAAGGGUGGAGACCCCAAAUAUGCCCAUUUAAAUAUGGAUCUGCAUGUCUUCAUUGAAGUCUUUGGACCCCCAUGUGAGGCUUAUGCUCUUAUGGCCCAUGCCAUGGAAGAAGUCAAGAAAUUUCUAGUACCAGAUAUGAUGGAUGAUAUCUGCCAGGAGCAGUUUCUAGAAUUGUCCUACUUGAAUGGAGUUCCUGAACCCUCUCGUGGUCGUGGGGUACCAGUGAGAGGACGAGGAGCUGCCCCGCCUCCUCCACCUGUUCCCAGAGGUCGUGGUGUUGGACCACCUCGAGGGGCUUUGGUUCGUGGGACCCCAGUGAGAGGUUCCAUUACCAGAGGUGCUACUGUGACUCGAGGAGUGCCACCCCCACCCACUGUGAGAGGUGCCCCAACACCAAGAGCUAGGACCGCAGGCAUCCAGAGAAUACCUUUACCUCCACCACCUGCACCAGAAACUUACGAAGACUAUGGAUAUGAUGAUACAUAUGCAGAACAGAGUUAUGAAGGAUAUGAAGGCUAUUACAGCCAGAGCCAAGGGGAGUCAGAAUAUUAUGACUAUGGACAUGGGGAGGUUCAAGAUUCUUACGAAGCUUAUGGACAAGAUGACUGGAAUGGGACCAGGCCAUCACUGAAGGCCCCCCCAGCUAGGCCAGUGAAGGGAUCAUACAGAGAGCACCCAUAUGGACGUUAUUAGAAACAAACAGGAGGGGAAAAUAUCAGUUAUGAGCAAAGUUGUUACUGAUUUCUUGUAUCCCAGGAUUCCUGUUGCUUUACCCACAACAGACAAGUAAUUGUCUAAGUGUUUUUCUUCGUGGUCCCUUUCUUUUCCCCACCUUCCUCCAUUCUUAACUCUGCAUUCUGGCUUCUGUAUGUAGUAUUUUAAAAUGAGUUAAAAUAGAUUUAGGAUAUUGAAUUAAUUUUUUAAGUGUGUAGAUGCUUUUUUCUUUGUUGUUUAAAUAUAAACAGUGUACCUUUUAUAAUAAAAAAAGAAGUUGAGUAAAAAAAAAACACAAACAUGUUAGUUUCAAAAGUGGCAUUGCUUGCUUAAAGGUUCUGAAGUAAAGGCUUGUUAACUUUUUCUUAGUUUUGAUUUGAGGCACCCCCGUAAAGUCAUAGUUGCAGAAUCCCAAACUAGGCUACAUUUCAAAAUUCAGGGCUGCUUAAGAUGUAAAAUCACAAUGUUAACGGCAGUAGGCACCACCAUGUAAAAGUGAGCUCAGACGUCUCUAAAACAUUUCCUUUAAAAGCACAUGGCGGUUGAAUCUUAAGGUUAAAUUUUAAUACGAAAGAUCCUCAUGAAAUAAAUAGUUGAUGCAAUUUUUAACGUUAAUUGACUUAAAACAACAACAAAAUUAGGUUUGUAAAACUGACUUUUUCUUUACGUGGGUUUUGAAAUCUAGCCCCAGACAUACAGUGUUGAGAGAUACUUAGUGGGGGGAGGGGUAGAGAUUGACUAAGAAUGAUGGGGAAGAGGAGCUGGCCACCUAAAUGGAAUUUGAUGGAGUACUUUUUAGCCACAAUCUUUUCAGUAAUAGUACUGAUAAUCAAAUUUUCAGUAUUUAAGAUGUCAGAGUAUUUUGUCCAUUUGAGAGUCUGCACUCCAUGAAAAACUCACUUGGACACUGGGGCCAAAAGCUGAUGAUGUUCAUUAAAUUGACCGUUGUCAAUUUUGAGCUGUUCCCAAGGUAGUCAAGUAUGUCUCAACACUAGCAUGAUAUAAAAAGGGACACUGCAGCUGAAUGAAAAAGGAAUCAAAAUCCACUUUGUACAUAAGUUAAAGUCCUAAUGGAUUUGUACCGUCCUCCCAUUUUGUUCUCGGAAGAUUAAAUGAUACAUGUGUUAAGUCUGCCUAAAUAGGUAGCUUAAACUUAUGUCAAAAUGUCUGCAGCAGUUUGUCAAUAAAGUUUAGUCCUUUUUUAAUCAAAGUAAAUGUGAUGAAUUGUCAUUUUUGGGGGUGGACAAUAAAAUAGUUUUCUCUUUCACAUAAACUUAAAUUAACUCUAAAGUUAAUGGGCUUGUUAAAAGUUGGAGACAUUCUUAAAAGUGGUGGUGGGGAUUUUGUUUUUUAAGUUUACCAAAAAAAAGUUUAUGAGUUGUUAAGUUUUAGUUUAAAAAGAACCAAAGCUUUUUCACCCCCUGGAAGUUGUUGAAAGCAGUUUUAUCCAAUCCUAUCACAAAAUUAAUUUUUAGAAAAACCCAACUGACUAAAUCACAGAUUGGUUUUCAUGUAAAGGUACUUUAAGUGCCAGCCACCCUAGCUUGCACCUUCUGUAGAACCCUUAGGUGGCCUUAAAAAAUGACACCAAAUCUCUGGGCGCAGAUAUUGAUUUCACUUGCAUUCAGAUACACAAUUCAGUAAAACCUGGGUGCCCUUGAGGGUUUCCCUUCCAAUUCUAGAGAUGCUGUCAACAAUUCAGCUGGCUCGGGGCAGGAGCUGGUAGAGUAGGCUGGUCCUAAACUCCUUCCCACAAGACUGCAUGUAAGAAAAUGGAAUUGGUUGGCUCUGUUUCACUCUCAAUUCCCAGGGACCUCAUUCCUUCCCUAGGAGCCACAUAAACUGCUCGGGGGUGAAAAAUCCUGUGUCAAGUGCCAAGCUGCCUGUAGCAGUGCAUGAUGGGCAUUUUUGUUUCUUUAAAACACACCAACAAAAAAUGUAUUUAUAGAUUGUGAUAAAGUGUAAAUAACUGAAUUUUCAACCAUGGUUUGAAGUCAGCUUUCAGGGCAUUAUGUCUUGUUUUGAUGAAAAGAGAUCACUCUAUACCCCCCUUUUUAAAGGAAAAUUAUCGCAAGAGAAUCAGGAUGUGUAAAGCUAACAUGCAUCGCAAAAAACCAAAGGUAACCUAAAUGUCUGAUUUUAAUAGCACAUAUUUCUCUUUUAUAUAAACUGUGACAGCAACUUGCAUAAACAAUUCUUUAGUUGUUAAUUUUAAUGUUAAAACUUUGCAAAAAUUGUUUAAAAAUAGCUGUAAAAAGAAAAACCAUAUGCUGCCACAUAAAUUCUCCAUAACUCUUAAUAAUCCUGCCCAUCACAAGUGAACUGUAAUGUAACCUGGGCACAAAUUCUGACAUCUUAAAUGACACAGUGUAAAAUUUCAAUGACUAUAGAUGAGAAGACCUGCUGCACCCCAGAGUAAAGCUUUCUGCUCAGCUGUUUUAAAAUAUAUAAGGAUGAGCCCCCUAAGACACCAUAUCUAUUUACAGUGCAAUGUUAUUUGAAUUUUCUGAAAAGUUGCAUGUUUCUUUCCUGUAAUGUGUAAACUGCAUGCAGGAUCUCUCUCUGAUUUUGUAUGUCUUUACAGCUUCUAAAGACUCAUCCCUGAUUUCUCAAUUUUCAGGUAACUGAAAAUUCCUGAGGCUUUUCCUGGAAUAGAAUGGGUAUCGAAGACCCAUGUCAGGUAUGUUAAGGUGGUUUUCAUUGAGGAUGGUAGAUGUGUCGUAAUGGCAAAGCAGUAGUGCUAGGAGGUUAACAGGUCGGUCUUUCCUAAACUCGCUUCUACCAUACUAAUCACACUUCUGUGUCAGCUUACCGAACUUCAAUGGGUAUGUGUGAUAGUUAAGACCAGCCCGUGUCCAGGUGGUGGUGCACACCUUUAAUCCCAGCCUUCUGGAGGCAGAGGCAGGCGGAUCUCUGAGUUUGAGGCCAGCCUGGUCUACAGAACCACCCGAGUGUGGGGAUCAAAGGCAUGCACCACCAUGCCCGGCAUUUGUAUAACUAAGUCCUCCUUGUAUCAUCAAUCAACUCUACAUGCAAAAGAAAAAAAAAGAAAAAAGAAAAAGAAAAAAAAAAGAAACUAUCAACUCUACAUGGGGAAAAAAAAAAGAAACUAAGCCUGGCGGUGGUGGUGCACGCCUUUAAUCCCAGCACUCGGGAGGCAGAGGCAGGAGGACCUCUGAGUUCAAAGCCAGCCUGGUCUACAAGAGCAAGUUCCAGGACAGGCACCAAAAACUACAGAGAAACCCUGUCUCGAAAAUAAAAUUAAAAAAAAAAUAAAAGAAAAGAAACUGAAAUUUGUGGCAACCUAUUCAGUGUUACACAAAAUAAAUAUUAGUGUUCUUUUCUUUAGAAUCCUUUUUAAUUCUGCUUUAACUCUAAUUGGCAGAGUUGAGGACUUUUGGCCUUCCUGUUGCUUGAAGUCAUUGAGGCGCUAGCUACCUUAGUUUUCCCUUUGUUUCUGAAUCAUUUGUUAAGAGUGUUAUUGAGAAGAAAGCUUCUAGCUAGGCAAACCAAAGGUAUGUCUGGAUCCUUGAGAGUGAAGCUUGGCUUCUUGGUGCUGUUUCCUCCAAACCCUAUCUCCGUGCUGGUAUUUUCUGAUAUCUGGAUACUUACGAAGGGCAACAAAUACAAAAUGUUGUUCUGAACACCCUGAAGUUUGAAGUUCGUCAUGUACUGGCCUGGAAUUUAGAUGAGGAAUCCCUAAUUCAAAGAGUUCAAGGGCUAGAGGGGUGGCUCAGAAAAGGUCUGGUUCUGGUUGCUAACAUCCACAUGGUAGUUCACAGCCAUCUGAAACUCCACUUCGAAGGGAUCUGAGUCUCUCUUAACCACCAUGGGCACCAGAAGCACGAGCAGUGCAUAUAUACAUGUAGCCAAAAUGCGUAUUAAAUUUAAAAAUCUUAAGACAGCAUAUGUUUGAAGAGUUACUUACAGUAGUGGUUGACCCCAAAUUGUCCUCAUUACCAAAGGCUGAACCCAGCAUAGAUAACAGCUUUCUCAAAGCUGCAUAAGAUUCUCCUUUUCAUGCUCUUUAAAUUGGUAUAUCUGGGAAAGAAUUACAGCUGGCAGGAAUGCACUGGAAGGAAUGACUGAGGUCUCAGGUGUGUAUCUCCUGACCUCCCACCCCCUCUUCCUUUUAGGAUGACUGUUAAGUCUGAAGUUAGGGUGCUCACAAGUGUUUGCAGUUGCUUCUGAUUAUGAUGGUGAUAGCAGGUAGACUUCCAGAACACCUUGAUGUUAUCAUGUACUCCAUGUGCACACCCACACUUUGUAUUUGAACUGGGGUAUAGUCAGCAGUUGAGUGCCCUAGAUUUUGACUCCCGGUACCAUCAGGAAUUAGAGCUGGGCAUGAUGGCACACACACUUGGGAGGCUGUGUCAGAAGAAUCACAAAUUCCAGGCCAGCCUGAAUUAUUAAGGAAAGGUGAAUGUCAAGAUGGGUAGAUGCAGCCAAACCUGCUGAGUAAUUUAAUCCCACAUGGUAGUAGAGAACAAACUCUUGCAAGUUGUCCUUUAACCUCCAUAUGUGUGAUAGUCUGUAAGCAUCCACAUAACACAAUAACUAGUUAGGUGUAAUACUUUUCUGAGUUAGAAGGGGAAAGUGAAAAGAGCAGAGUGAGUGAGUUUGGCUAAGGGAGAAGAUAACUUCUGUUGAAGUAGCUCUCUAGAAGUUCUAUAUUUAUUUUUUCCCCUGGAGACAGGGUUUCUGUGUGUUCCCUGGCUUGUCUUAGAACUCAGUGUGUAGACCAGGUUGGUUUUGAAUUCACAGAGAUCUUCCUGCCUCUGCCUCCAGAGUGCUGGGGUUAAAGACGUGCUCUGUGAAAAAUUCAAAUUUAGCCUGGCGAUGGUGGCGCACGCCUUUAAUCCAAGCACUCGGGAGGCAGAGGCAGGCGGAUCUCUGUGAGUUCGAGACCAGCCUGGUCUACAGAGCUAGUUCCAGGACAGGCUCCAAAGCCACAGAGAAACCCUGUCUCGAAAAACCAAAAAAAAAAAAAAAUUCAAAUUUAAAUGCAGGUGGUUCUUUGGGACCAGCCUGGGCUUCAGAGCCAGGACCAGGACAGCCAAAAAACUCAAAACUGCAAACAGCCAAGCAGUGGUGGCACAUACCUUUAAUAUCACCGCUUGCGAGGCCAAGGCAGGUGAGUCCAAGGUCAGCCUGGUCUACAGGGUGAGUUCCAGGACAGCCAGGGCUACACAGAGAAACUCUGACUGGUGGGGCGAGGGGAGGGCUGCAAAGAAGCAACUGCUUUGUAAGUGACAGAAUCGUCCCCUUUACAUGACAUGUAUGUAACAUUUCUGAAGUCAGGCCUUGGUCACCACUGUUUGCCCUGGUUUUUCCAGUGAAGCAGAGACCAUCUCACUAAUGUAUGUCUAUGGAGGUUUUAGGACAGCUUGGUAGAGUUGGCUCUUUCUCCUACCUAUACAUGGGUUCAUGGGAUUGAACUCAAGUCACCAGCCUUGCACUGCAGACACCUUUACCCACUGAGCCAUCUCACUGGCUCCCUAAUUUCUUUAGGACUGAGUAUUUAGAGCCACACCUGUUUGACAGUUAUGCUAGAAAGGUAGGGAGAAGGAGAAGCCUUAAAGUGCUACCACGUUAGUCUGGCGAUUGUGCCGCACCUUUAAUUCCAGCACUCGGGAGGCAGAGGGAGGUGGAUCUCUGAGUUUGAGGUUAGCCUGGUAUACAAGAGCUAGUUUCAGGACAGGCUUCAAAGCUAGAGAAACCCUGUCUCAAAAAAAAAAAAAAAAAAAAAAGUGGAGACUACAAGGGAUGGAUCCUCUUUCCGUCAUCUUGCCUGAAGUCAUUUUUGCUCCUCGUUUACAAGGAGAAUCUUUUCUCUCCCACCAGGUAUUUGUGUUGAGUAAGGGUGGGAUCUUUGCCCUUGGUCAUAUGUCUGUAGUCUCCUAGUGUUCUGUGCUUUUUGUUUACUUGUGAGUGAGAAGCCAAACUUUAUUUUCAUGUAUCCCAGGCUAACCUUGAACUUCUGAUCCUCCUAUUUCAACCUCCCAAGUGCCAGGUAUUUAGUGCUGGUGUUUGAACUCAGGGCCUCAUGCAUGCUAGGCAGCCUCACCUCCUGUCUAAAACUCUUUAAGGACCUGAGGUUUAGAUGAUUUUUUUUUUUUUUUUUUUUUUUUUUUUUUUUGAGCCAGGGUUUUACUAGCCUUGACCUGGAACUCACUAAAUAAACCAGUCUGGCCUCAUUCAUAGCGAUUUGCCUGCCUCUGCCUCCCAGUUGCUGGGCUUAUAGGCAUGUGCUACCACAUCUGUCACUUACGUCAGAGUUCUUGAGUCUCUUCUAAUAGAAACUAUAGAUUAUUAAAGCUUUGUUCAACUACUGAGUAGAAGAGUUUUCUGCCUCAUUAUCAUCAUCAUUAUUAUUGUUAUUUUGAUUUUUUUUGAGACAAGGUCUCACUAUGUAGCCCUGGCUGUUCUGGAACUCAUGUAGACCAGGCUAGCCUCACAGAGAUCCACCUACCCCUGCCUUCUGACAGAUCUAAAAUCAUGCGCCACUAGGCCUGGCCUCUUCCUCCAUUUGAAAUUUUCAAUUCUGCUAAUUGCUGGGAGUAUAUAUCAGCAUCCCAUAUAGUUUUCACAAUUGACAGUGUGAGGCUAGGAUUAUUACUAAUAGAUAGCAUGCCACAUUAUACGAUGCUAGUCGAACCUUCUUCCAGGUGGAGUGGUUUAGAGGAUGACAGCAUUGAAGAGCUAAAGCCCAAGUUGAAAGGCCCCUGCUUCACUGUUGUGUGCCGACUCUUGUAAUUUGAGUAGUAACAAAAUCGAUCAGUUUCCUGAAAGGUGCUCCCAACCUUGGGGCUUUAGAAUUCAUGCUUCUGACUUUGCUUCUAGAUUCCCGAAGUUAAAAGAUUUGAAUUCUUACAACUCUGUAGACUCAAAAAUACUCUUGCAUGGCCAGAUUAAUAGUCAUUGCAUGCUAACGCUAGCCCACAUCUGAUGAAUAUUUAAUAGCGUCUGCCAGGCAGGCUGGAAACAGCUGUAUGAGACAGCAGCUGUUGGGGGGAAGGGAAGAACUGCACUGCACCGCCUAAUUACCCAUUCUUUUGUUUCCAGGCUCAUAGAGAAACCUGUCUUUCCUAGGCCGUUCAGCAGCAAGGUGUUGUGGUGGUUAACACUGCAUUCUGGACCAGUUGGGGGCAAUUAACAAUUUUCCAUACCCUGAACUGAUGAAGUCUUCUUUAGUAUUUAGAGUCAAGUAUACAUUCUCAUCCAGCACUUUGCUAGCUGCAUCUCUCCUACAGGAGAAAGGCUUUUUGUGCUAUCUUAACAGCUGUAAUCCCUAGCACUCACCAGACAGAGCAAGAGACGAAAGGCCAACAUUUACUACAUAGCAGGACCCUGUCUAUAUAUAGACAGAUACACUAACAGACUUGAAUUUCAUAGGUAGGAAGAGUGUAAAUAAAUAGCCAGGCAUGGUAGUACAUGCCUGUGAUCCCAGCACUCAAGAGAUAGAGGCAGUAGAUCAAACAGUCAAGGGUUGCCUUCAUUAUGUAGGUAAUUUAAGUUCAGCCUAGGCUGCAGAAUGAGACCUUGUUUUAAACAAAUUUUCCCCUGGAAAAAUCCAUAGUCUUGGCUUCUAGUCUGAAAAGCAAAUUCCAGGACAGCCAGGACUGUUAAACAAAGAAACCCUGUCACAAGAAAAACAAGAAAAGCCGGGCGGUGGUGGCGCACGCUUUUAAUCCCAGUACUCGGGAGGCAAAGGCAGGCGGAUCUCUGAGUUCGAGACCAGCCUGGUCUACAAGAGCUAGUUCCAGGACAUGCUCCAAAACCACAGAGAAACCCUGUCUCAAAAAAACAAAAAACAAAAACAAAAAAAAAAAAAACAAGAAAAAGGAAAAAGCAGUAGCUGGGCUGGAGAGGUAGCUCAGCUUUGGUUUCCAGCAGUCAUGUGCACCAGCUCGCAGCCACUUAACAGCUCUGACACUGGGGAAUUCCAUGUCUCUGACCUCCAAAAACAUCUGCUCUCGGGAGCAUGUGCACCCUCACAUAUACAUAUAAUUUUAAAAAUAUUGAGGACUUUUUCAUAACAUCAGGUCCCUGCCCUGUGUCCUCUGUGGCUGAUCCUGGGUUUCAGGGACAGGGUUGAACUCGUCCAUGAGGCAGAUGAGAUGGACUCUUGGACCUAAAGUUGAACUUUCUCUUUUUCUUCCAAGAGUUUUAAAAUCAGCUUUUUCUUUUUGAGGGGGUGGGGUGGGGAGUUAAGGCAGGGUUUCUCUUUUACUUUGGAGCUUAUCUUGGAACUUGCUGUGUAGACCAGGCUGGCUUCAAACUCAGAGAUCCGCCUGCCUCUGCUUCCCAAGUGCUGAGAUUAAAGGUGUGCGCCACCACCAGCCAAAUUCAAGCUUUUUCAUGUCAAGGGAACCAAAGCAUUUUCCUAUUUAGAAAGCUGGAAAUGUUGGAGCGUGGUAGAGCAUGUAUAACCUAAAUCUCAGCACUAUGGAGAUAGAAACAUACAUAUCUCUGAGUUCAAGGCCAAGCCUGUUGUUCUACGUAGUGAGGUCCCAGUUGGGGACUCUGUCAAAAAUAAAUAAACAUGAAAGCAAAGUUAAGGCCUCAGAGGUUUAGUUCAUUUUUCUCCAGAUCACUCUGCUUACUCAUAUUCAAGGCUUAAGACAUUACCUGACUGGCUGGAGGGAUGCUCACCUGUUAAGAGCACUUCCAGAGAUCGUGAGUUCAAUUUCUAGCACCCAUAUGGCAGCCCACAGUCAUCUAUAACUGUAGUCCCAUGGGAUCCGAUGCCCUCAUCUGAUGUGCAAAUUUACUCGUAUAAAUAAAUAGUAUUUAGACAAAUCACUCGUAUACAUAAAUAGAUAAAUCUUAAAAAGAAAGCUCACAGGGACUGUGUAUUUUUGUCUUCUGCCCAUCUGUGUGCACCUAGGAACCUGCCUGCUGAAUGCAACAACUGGAGUUGAGCUACGGAAAUGGAUGAUUGUAAGGGACGAAGCCAGACCAGAUGAAGGCUGAGAAAAACCCCCAUCAGCCUCAAGUUUCUUAAUUUUCCACUUUGUGUCUUUACAGUGUCAGAGGACCCUGAAUACCAGGAGCUACCCGCUGUAUCAAGGCUGGCCUGGGCAUUUGCUGAAACAUAGAAACUGAAGAGAGGAGAUCAACAAUUGUUUCACCCUACCUCUUGAUCUGAUUUACUCACAGAAAACGAGCCAGGAUCUUAGGUGUCUUUAGGCCCAGAAUGGAGUCCUCAGGGCUUCUGAAGACUCAUUGCUAACAAUUCCUCCUCAAAACAUUUUAGUAAGAGGGGCUGGGGCUGUAUUCAGUAGUUGAAUAUUUCACUAGCAUAUAUGGAAGACCUGAGUUCAUUUUUCAUCACCUCAAAAACAUUUUUAAAAGGCUUUUAAAGAAUUGAGAUGGAGCCAGGCAUGGUGGCAUACACCUUUAAUUCCCAAACUCAGGAAGCAAAGGCAGGCACAUCCCUGAAGCCAGCCUGGUCUGCAGAGCAAGUUAACAAGAUAGCCAGGACUACAUAGAAAAACAAGAUUUUUCUAUGUAGGGUGGGAAACAACAAAAAAGGACUGAAUCUCUGACAUGUCCCUCCAGGUCGAAACACACUCGGCUCCUUAUGCCACCUAUGCACCUUACUGCUUCGUGUGUCCCUGUCCUGUCCCGUGUCAUGCCCACCACCCCUCAUACAUACACACACCACACAGGUUUGUUGGAACCUUCAGCCUGGGAGCCCUUAGACAUUUCUAGAGGACUCCCAGGCAAGAUAGUCGCUGCCUCUGAAACAUUUUAAGGAAAGUCAAGAAUCAUUUACUUUGGACAAAUUGAUCAAAUUCUGAGCCUUAUCUAUCCUUUGUUGUUAGAACUUGUCCAAGAAGUUCUUGAAGGAUGGGGCUGUUCUGCUUCACCUUUGUAUGACAUUUCUCAAGUAUCUGUCCCUGCAUGAGGAGUUCAAUAAAGGUUUGGUCAAGUGA